AUGGCAUCGAAGGUCUUAUUCCUUGGGUGUGUGGUCUCCGGCAAAGGACUGAAGGCAUUUCAUCCCUCACUUCAGCACAAUUAUGGUGCCUAUGACAGAUUGCAUGAAGGGUGGAAAGUUCGUAUGGACGGAGGAAGCGGAGAAGUGGGCAUUGGAGCAAUUUUGAGCCAAAACAACAGACCUGUCGCAUAUUUUAGUGAGAAACUGUCUGGGGCUAAGUUAAAGUACAACACCUAUGAUGUGGAGUUCUAUGCGGUGCGUUUUACCUUCGUGGUGAAGCACAAGUCGGGGGUGACAAAUCGAGUGGCUGACGCAUUGAGCCGUAGGAGCAAUUUCUUGGUCAGCUUGCGUAUAGAGGUACCUGGUUUUGACUGUCUUCAUGAUUUGCUUGAGCCUAAUCCUUAUUUCUCUAAUGUUUUGGGGAAAGUUCGUGCUGGAGAGAAAUCAGAAUUGUUGCUGCAUGAUGGGUUUCUGUUCAAGGGAAACCAAUUGUGUAUCCCAGAUUGCAGCCUUUGUUUGAAGAUUAUUAAGGAGUUGCAUGGAGAAGGCCAUGUUGAGCGAGAUCGAACGUUACUAUUAGUUCAGGGCUUGUAUUUUUGGCCGACCAUACACAAGGAGAUAGAGAAGUACAUGCAAAGGUGUCGGGUCUACAACAUGUCCAAGGGGACGGCUACCAAUGCUGGGUUGUAUAUGCCGUUACUAGUUCCAGCGCAGCCUUAG